UGUGAGAUGAGAUUUGAACGUACUUCCUCACUUUACUCUGCACCUUAUACCUACCCAGACAACCUGCAGUCAAGCUAGUGAAUCUCUUUACCAAUAGCCCAGUCUGAGUGCCUGUCCCCACUUCUCCAUUUCUUUUACCGGGUAGAAGACAUCCUGUGAAAGAGGGGGGCAAAAAAGACUUGCUGUGCACUCUCUUUGAGAGGGGAAGAGUGCAACAAGGUGGGAUUCUGUCUUCCUAACUUCCUUUAGCCUUGGUGUUGUCAGCCCAGUGGAAUUUUCAUUGGCCCCUCUACACUACACCGUGUCCUACUGGGCUCAUCAACACUCGUCAGAGAAACUGGAAACAUGGCACAGAUUCAGAAAAAGACCUCAACUAUGUCCCUAACUAUAUCAUCAUGCUCCCGUGACACCUCUUCCUCCUCUUCAUCAUCCUCAUCCUCUACUACAGUACAGCAGAGGCACUCCAGUUUAGUACAGCCUGUCUGCAUCAGUCCUCAGUUGGUUCAGAACACAGUCCCAGGUUCAGGGAAUGCUGGAGUGUCUCCAACAUUUGUCAAGUGUCUUCAUGAUGUGAGUACGGUGAAGGGUCAGCUGGUUGUUCUGGAGUGCAGGAUCAGAGGAACGCCUCCGCUGCAGAUCUCCUGGUUCAGAGAGAAUGAGCAGAUCAUCGACUCGGCAGACUUCCGUAUCCUUAGAAAGAAGGCAAGUUCAGCUUCUGUUCCUGAGGAAUUGUGCACCCUCGUGAUCACAGAGGCGUAUCCAGAAGACUCUGGAAUAUUUAAAUGCACAGCAGCAAAUCAGUUUGGGACAGUAACAUGCAGUGCCAUGCUUGAUGUAUAUACAGACCUAGAGGAGGUUUUGGGAGAGGAGGAUGAGCCUUCCUCUCUAAGCUCAGCUGGUCUAGAGCAGGAUGAGCAGCCCUUGUUACUACAAGACACACUAAUUCCUCCUCCAGAAUGGCCUGACAGCUCUGAGGAAGAGACUGCCGCCCCUGUAGCACGGGUGCCGGAGUCUCUUGUGGACACAGAGAGCAAACAGAGUUCUGCCAGUCCGGUGACUGAAGCUGCAGAGCUCUCCUCGAUGAGCAAAUUCGAUCCUCCGGCAAAGGGGGUUAAAAACAGUGUCCCACAUCCAUUCCUUCCCACCAGCAAGCUGAGUAAACCAGUGGAGCCCAGAGGCAGUGCCAUGAACGUGGCUGACCUGCCUACCUUCUCGCCGUCGCUGUACCCGCCCAGUGCCUUUAACUAUGAGCGCCCUCGACAUUUCAUCCAGUCCCUGCCUAGUUUCCACACACCCGACACUGAGAUCAGCAAGCCCAACAACUUCAGUCCUCCAGCUUCGACUGCUGCUCCGUUACUGAGCCCUCCUCAGCCUGGACCCACUCGAACGUCGAUGUGUUCAAGCAUGACUUUGAUUCCUAAACCACGGAGCUCUCCAAACAAUGAGAAACAAUCAUCAGCCGCUUUCCUCUCAUCUGUCCUGCCCUCACUAUCAAGCUCCCAGGCCAAAUGCAUUUCCAUACCUCAGUCGCCAUCUCCCCGACGCUCCCCCAGAUCACCCAGCCCAACACCAAAGGCCCAAGAACAGCCUCUGCCUCCUCCAAGUCAGUCACUGAAUCACGCUCCUGCAACAGCCCCACCCCGGUUAUCUCCAGAUCCCCCGAAAACAACUGUUUCACCUCCACAGCCUCCACCUGUGUCUCACAUGAGCUACACACCCAACACCUUGCCAAAGCCGAUCUUGAAGAAGACAGUUUCGCGACCAGUGUCUCGUGCCACAGAUGAAGAGAUUCAGGGCUCAAAAGAUGCUCUUAUCCAAGACCUUGAAAAGAAGCUAAAGAGCAAAGCUCCUCAACAAAGGAACAUUCAGAAGUUGUCUUAUGAGGAGCGGAUGGCCAGAAGAUUGUUGGGAGCUGAUAAUGCUGCUUCGGUGUUUGAUCUUGAAAAUUCAUUCAGUUCACAGCCUGCACAGCCAGGCUCUCCAGAAGAUCUCCAGCCUGGAGGAAUAUGGUCCAGAAAGAAUCGUCCUGGAGGGGAGGGUACAGAGGCCGCCACCAUUCAGGAGAAGUGUUUUGCUCCUCGUUUUAUACAAGUGCCGCAAGAUCUUACUGUUGAAGAGGGACGAUUCUGCAGGAUUGAUUUUAAGGUUGUAGGUUUGCCAACGCCAGAUAUUACUUGGUAUCUGGAUGGGAAACUCAUCCGACCCGAUGAUUACCAUAAGAUGCUGGUGUGUGAGAAGAGCGUCCACUCCUUUAUUAUUGAAAUUGUGACCAUUCAUCAUGCAGGUGUUUAUGAAUGUGUAGCGAAGAACCGCGCCGGAGAGAGCCACUUCUCAUUGCGUCUGGAUGUGAUUGCUCAGGAGCAGCUGUGUCCUCCGACUUUUGUGGUGAAGAUGAGGAACUCUCGGGUUCUGGAGGGCGACGGCGUGCGGUUAGAGUGUAAGGUGACGGCGUCUCCAGCACCGCAGCUCUACUGGAAGAAAGACAAGGAAAUGAUGCGCAUCGACCCCAUGAGAAUGAGUCUCUCUCAGGACGGUUCAGGAAAGCUGUGUCUGAUCAUCGAUCCAGUGAUCAAGUCUGACGCGGGCUGGUACACCGUUUCUGCCAUUAAUGAAGCAGGCAUGUCCACAUGCAACGCCAGGCUAGAUGUGGCCACUCGACUGAAUAAGUCUACUCCUCCUGUCAGGGUGCUGAAGACUCUUCCCAUCCUGAGCCAGUUUUCCACAUUGAGCACAGAUCCUGUUCCUCAUCACACCGCCCCGCUGUACGAGAGCGAAGAACUGUAGAGGCUCAUCGAGUCAUGCAGCUUUCACGUCAGCUGAUAUUAUGCCGUUUUUCUGUAGUGUACAUUUCUGUGUAAAUGAGCCAGUUAAACAGUUUAUCGGUUAAACACAUUUUGUGUUGUUUGGUUGGAAAUGGUUUACCAGUCUCAUGUAAAGCUGCAUAUUGAUGACACCCAGUACAAAAAAAAAAUGUAUGUUAUAAUUUGUGUUUGUUCAGUUUUGCAUAAACCAGACUAAUGCUUUGAUUGCUGUACGUCUCUACACUGUGGAAGCUCAAUAUACGUGUGCAGUGUCGUCACUGAUACACUCUGAAAUGUACUGAAAACCAUAUUUGUUGGAAUUUUUGCUACUAGUACAAAGGAUUUGGUCAAAUGUAUUGAAUACAGUCCUGAACACAGAUAUCAUUUGUGUUAUAUAUGAUGUGAGAUGAACAUUUGAGUAAAGAUCUUUGUGAAAACACUAUAGAGGUGUUUUUUCACUGCUGUGACAUUUGACUCUCAUGUGAGAGAACCGCCUGAAAAUUAAAUGAACCAAUAUCAAGGAUUCACCACACUUUCCUCAGGUCAAACUGCAUAGACGUUAAGCAGUUAAAAAGACUUUUUUUCCAAAAGAUUUAUUACAGAAACAUUCUAUAAACAAAUUAUGAAAAGGCCAAGAAAAUUAUUCUGUAAAUCAGAACCACUUGGACAUUGAGCACACAACAUCACAUGAUUUCUGAGCCUUUUCAGUACAGAUGCUGUAUUAGUACACAGGACUCGUGUGAAGUUCCCUUUAUAUCUGGGCUUUGAUGAACAGAAAA